CAUUUCAAAUUGUGAAUAUCUUUGUCAAAUGAAAUUGAAUUCUCAAUGUCGAGCUCCAAACAAAAUCCAGCCACCUCCGAUCACAAGGAUUUUUUACGGAAACUUCCUCCAAUUUCCGUUCGUCGCAGGGGGAAUGUUGAUGGAGGUGAAGAGGAGGAGAAUCUUAAUUUAGGUAAGAAUGAGUCAGAGAGGGGGAAAUCGUUAACUGUUGAGCCCUCGAUGCUUGGCCUGAAUCAACUCCGGAUGCAGUCGGUUCCUUUGCCUCUUGAUUUUGUGAAUAUAGGGACUAGUAAUAAUCAAGGGAAAGACAAAGGCAAUUUGCGAGCUAAAUUGUCUUCCACUUCUCAAGAAUCUGCGGUCACUUCUUUUGAACAAGGUAAAAAGGUCCAGUGGAGUCAAUCAAAAUCUUUGAGAAUCCUUUCGCCCCACCGUUCGGUGUCAGUGGGUUAUCAUGCAGCUUUUAUCAAGGAAAUGCAAUCUCCACGUCUCCAGGCUAUUCUGCGUUUAACAAGUGGUUGUAAAGACAGAGCACCAGAUAUUAAGAGCUUCUCUCACGAGCUCAAUUCAAAAGGUGUCCGACCACUUCCAUUUUGGAAAUCUCGUGCUGUUGGUCACACGGAGGAGAUUAUGUUAAUGAUUCGGUCAAAAUUUGAUAAAUUAAAGGAAGCAGUGAAUUCUGACUUGGGCGUCUUUGCUGGAGAUUUGGUGAGUAUACUUGAGAAGACUUCAGGAUCUAAUCAUGAAUAUAAAGAAGGUUUGGAGGAUUUGUUAGUUAUAGCUAGGCAGUGUGCAGAGAUGUCAUCCAACGAAUUUUGGUUAAAUUGUGAAGGCAUAGUACAGAAUCUAGAUGACUGUCGUCAAGAGCUAUCGAUGGGAACUCUCAAGCAAAGGCAUACACGCCUCUUAUUUAUCCUCAGCCGCUGCACUAGGCUUGUUCAAUUCCAGAAGGAGAGUGGUUAUGAUGAAAAUCUCAUUCUACCUUCUCACCAACUUGGUGACCUUGGUGUGUACCCUCAAGGUAUUCUUGGGGUGUCACAAGUUUGGAAAGAAAGUGAUGAGAGACAAACUUACAAAAUCCAGGAACAGGACCAAAGCAAUACGAAUGUCAAACAAGAUGAUUUAAUUGAAGAGGUUAGCACUGCAAAGAGUGUUGCUUCAUCCACAGGAAGUUAUAAGAUGUCAUCUUGGAAAAAACUCCCAUCUCCAGCUGAGAAAAACCAGAAAUUCCACGACCCUAAUGGUGCCCCUUCCAAGGAUAAAUCUGAUAAAUUGCAACAAAAAGAAGAAAUAGAUAGUGCGGAAAAAAUUGAUACUCCAGUCCAUCAGCCACAACAUUCAGAAGAUUCUUUGAAGGUAGAUCAAGUAACAUGGGGAGUUUGGGAUCAACACCAGAUGACAUACGGGGAUUCAUUGAUAUGCCGUAUAUGUGAAGUUGAAAUACCAAUAGUUCAUGUUGAACAUCACUCCAGAAUUUGUACAAUUGCAGAUAGAUGUGAUUUAAAAGGUUUAUCUAUAAAUGAACGGAUUGAAAGAGUUGCGGAGACCCUUGAAAGAAUACUUGAAUCAUGGACACCAAAAAGCACAAGCACUAGGUUGGAAAGUUCUGGAGUGGCGAGAGUGUGUGUAGCCAGUUCACCAGAAGCGUUGGAUGCGUUGUCACCAAAGUAUAACAGCUUGUCUUUCCGAUGCUCUAAAGACAAAUUGCAUAGCAUUUGCGAGGUUGAUAACUCUGUUCCCACGGAUGAUCUCCACAGUUGUCCUUACGUAUCAUGUGAAAAUUGUGUCUCUAUACCUGAUCAGUUUAAGAAGGCCUCAUCACCGUUGACGCCUCGAUCGCCUUUAGUAACCCCACGGACCAGCCAAAUAGAGCUUCUGCUGAGGGGACGGAAAACCAUAUCUGAAUUUGAAAGUUAUAAGCAGGGUGAUGAAAUUGAAGAAAAUAAGCAAAAGUUGACAAAAUUAGAGAGAAUGGCCAAAUUGUCGAUUCCCAUUGUAGAAUGGGAGAAAAGAAUUCUGAAAUUUGUCAUGGUUGUAGAGGUAAGGGACACUUCUUUGAUGAAUGUCGGAGUAAGCACCAGUGCCUGUUCUGCAAAAGUGGAUUUCAUAAGUGCUUUUGAGGUGGAGAGAGAGACACUGAUAACAAAGGAAAACUAUUCAAAUGCUGCAUUCGGAAAUACGAUUUUUGGGAGUAGGUUUGAGAAGGUCCAGAUUUCAAUGAACAUGAACACAACGAUCCGCAAGCAGGGACAAUUUUUUGCUUCUCUUAAUGUUGAUAACUUUUAUAAAGAUGAAAUAGUUAUUGCUUUAAUUUUGCUGUCUGUAUACUUUUAUGCGGACUUACAGAUCACAUGGCUUUCAAUGCAGCAAAUUUUUGAUAAUAUCAUGAAUAGAAACAUUCCCUGGCCCAAGGUACCUGAGGAAAUUAGCCAUGAAGCUUAUGAUUUGAUUGAAAAGUUGCUGAUUGAAAAUCCAGUUCAAAGAUUGGGUGCAACUGGGGCUGGAGAGGUGAAACGACAUCAUUUUUUUAAGGAUAUUAACUGGGACACUCUUGCAAGGCAGAAGGCAUCAUUCAUACCAUCAGCUGAUGCACAAGACACUAGUUAUUUUAUGAGCCGGUACAUUUGGGAUCCAGAAGAGGGAAAUGUUCAUGGAGGUAGUGAUUUUGAUGACAUGACUGAGACAGGCAGUGCCUCAUGCAGCAGCUCGUACAGCAACAUGCUGGACGAAGAAGGGGAUGAAUGUGGGAAUUUGACAGAAUUUGGUCCUCCUGCCCAUAACACGACGUACUCAUUCAGUAAUUUCUCAUUUAAGAACUUGUCUCAGCUGGCUUCUAUCAAUUAUGACUUGGUUACAAGGAGUGCUAAAGAAUUAGCAGAGUCUACAAAACCAUCCGUUCCAUGACAACAACAUUGCUUCCAACCAUUCCUAUCAUAAUUUCAGAUGUGCCAAUGUGCUCUGCUGACGCAAUAGUAACCGGUUCCGAGGUCCAAAGACGAAGAGUCGACCAUAAAAGCUGGUGAUAGAAAUGAUCCUCUAAGCAUAUCAGAAGAAGAAUGACAGAUGCAUAGAAUAUGUAUACCCAGCUUUUCAUAUGCAUUUUCUUCCCUUUUUCUUUUGUCCUAAACGAAUUACCAAUAUAGCAAAAAUGGAAAGGUUUAUUUAACUUAUAAUAUUCUUAAAUUUAUUGCAAACGAGACUGGUUUUGUAUAGAAGGUGUAGAUUGUCUCAUUUGUCUAAAUAACAUGGGUUCGUUAUUUCUACAGGAAAUUGACAAUGGACGCCUGCAAACCCUUGGGCAGGUUCUAAACCAAUAUUUCUUUGUAUCAAUUUAUUUCAAGUAUCUUUCCUCGAUUACUAGAAAUUAUAUUAAGGUCCCUUUGAUUGGCUUUAAUUCCAUGGAAAAUAUCACAUCCGAAAAUUUCGUUUUCUAGUUUAGCCAUUUGAUACGAAAGUGAAAAUGGAGUUCGAAUU